UUGGUUUUGGUCCUAUGCUUGGUCUUAUAUACAGGAAAAGGUGAUAAAGUCACUCAAACAAAUCUCCCCACUCCCACCGCUUUAUCAAACACACCUGCAGACAGCACCAAAGAUCACAUGACAUCAAAUGACAAAGAAAAUACUCAUAAUCAUAUAGGGAGCACUUCUAAUCAGAAAGAAACUCAGACAAGCACAUCAAUCUUACCCACACGCACCAAUAUACAACAACAAAACACAGACACCACAGGGAGUGCUUCUAAUCAGAAAGACUCUCAGACAAGCACAUCAAUCUUACCCACACACACCACUAUACAACAACAAAACACAGACACCGCAGGGAGCACUUCUAAACAGAAAGAAACUCAGACAAGCACAUCAAUCUUACCCACAAGCACCACUAUACAACAACAAAACACAGACACCGCAGAUGCAGGAACAAGUGAUGCAGUCCCUCAAACAAAUUUCCCCACUCUCACCACUUUAUCAAACGCACCUACAGACAGCACCAAAGAUCACAUGACAUCAAAUGACAAAGAAAAUAUUCAUCAUCAUGUAGGGAGCACUUCUAAACAGAAAGAAACUCAGACAAUCACAUCAACCUUACCCACACGCACCACUAUACAACAACGAAACACAGACACCACAGGGAGCAUUUCUAAACAGAAAGAAACUCAGACAAGCACAUCAAUCUUUCCCACACGCACCACUAUACAACAACAAAACACAGACACCACAGACAGCACUUCUACACAGAAAGAAACUCAGAGAAGCACAUCAAUCUUACCCACACGCACCACUAUACAACAACCAAACACAGACACCACAGGGAGCACUUCUGAACAAAAAGAAACUCAGACAAGCACAUCAAUCUUACCCACACGCACCACUAUACAACAACAAAACACAGACACCACAGUAGGCAGCACUUCUACACAGAAAGAAACUCAGACAAGCACAUUAAUCAUACCCACACGCACCACUAUACAACAACAAAACACAGACACCACAGGGAGCGCUUCUAAACAGAAAGAAACUCAGACAAGCACAUCAAUCUUACCCACACGCACCACUAUACAACAACAAAACACAGACACCGCAGAAACAGGCCCCUCACCCUCACACACUCCUACACAAACCCCACUAUCACCAGAUCAAGAAACUCAACCAAGAACAAGUAAUGACACCAUCACCUCUCCUCCAAUCACUACCAUCACACCUCUCACCUCCACGCAACCACCCUCAACCUUACACACAUUCACCAGCAUCACGGAUACCACAGGAAGCCCAUGUCAGUACAGCGUUUUGAAGAGUAUGAAAGAAAAAGAAGCUCAUGUGGUGAAUAUCAACGGCUCUAAGAACCAGAAUUACACAAUCAGUAUAAAGGAUAAGCACAAUGAGAUCCGUGCUGAGCAAAUAUCUAACCAAACUGCCUUUGAAAUUCCAUUUGAAUGGUUAAAACCAUGCACUGUGUACACCGUCAGUGUGGAUGACUGUAAACUCAGUGGAAACAACACCUUUACUUCCAGUAAAAAUGGAGAAACUGUUCCAAAAACUGUUGUGUCAAGCGUGACAGAUAAUAAAGUGUGUUUGAACGGAGUAUUCACUGGUAUUCAAUGGAAUCUGACUGAAUGUGUUAAUAUAACGGAGCAAAACUCUUGCGUUUCCUCCACACACACCGUUGUACUGGACACAUGUACCUACACAAUGAAUGUUGAUCUGCCCCCAGUCAAGCCUCUCAUAAACUUCAACGAAACUAUUCCCUCUCAGUUUGAAUGGAUGAAUAAACCAGCACGAUGUAAUGCUACGCUUAUCAUCAAUUGCACCAAUAAUGAGAACAAAAGCAGCACAAUUCAUGAUUUAAAUACCCCAGUGUCAUUAUUACCAGACACAGAGUACAACUGCACUGGAGAAUAUCCUUACGAGAAACAACACAUCAAGAGUAAUGAGCUGUCCUUUCAAAUAAAAUGUGAUUGGCGAAAUAAUGGGCAAUUUCAGCAGAGAUCCAACAGCUCAUUGAAAAUCUCCUGGAAUUCACUCGAGGGAGAUAAAUGCUCAGGGAUUAAAUGGGACAGUUAUUCAGUCAGUUGCAAAAUCCGUGGCAGUGAUGGAAGCAGUGAUCGUGUGAACUGUACAAAACUCAGUGGCACUAGUGCAGUCUGUAAUAUUACAAGAUUAACGCCAUAUAAAAAAUAUGACUGCAAUAUUACUGGAACAGUCAACCAAAAAUAUUACAGAAUUUACACUGGUAACAAUGCAACACUUUCUGACAAACCCAGUAUCAAACCAGAAACUAAAGUACCUAAAAUAAUACACCCUUCACACAAUUCUCUUGAAAUAAAUUGUGAAAAAAUGAAAAAAGAUCUAGUCUGGAAUGGAGGAGAGGGAACAUUCACAGCUGAAAUCACAUACAAUGGAGAAACUAUCACUGCAGGUCCAGAGGACAAAUGCUUUUUUACAUUUUCAGAUCUUUACUACCUUGCAACAUAUGAUGUUAAGAUUACAGCCGUGAAUAAAGAAGGAGAUUCAGCUUUCAUUACUUAUAAAGCUAAUACUUUAUACAAUGACAAGGCUGUUGUUGGAUUCUUGGUGUUUCUGAUCAUUGUGACAUCAGUGGCGCUCCUCUUCGUGCUCUUCAAAAUUUACCUUCUCAAAAGAAAGCGGACUGCUGAAGAUGAAGAGAUUCCUCUCACACCAGAACCGCUGCGCAGGGUUGAGCCCAUCUAUGCUGACGGUUUGGUGGAGGCUUACAAGACCAAGAUCGCUGAUGAGAGCCGUCUGUUUAUGGACGAGUUUCAGAGCAUUCCCCGCAUUUUCUCCAAUUAUACCAUCAAAGAAGCAAAGAAACAGGAAAACCAGUCCAAGAACCGCUACGUUGACAUUCUGCCUUAUGACUAUAAUCGGGUUACUCUCUCAGCUGGAGGAGAAGACGACUACAUCAAUGCCAGCUUUAUCGAGGGAUAUCAAGAGCCAAAGAAAUACAUUGCAGCCCAAGGACCCAAGGAUGAGACUGUUUGUGACUUUUGGCAAAUGGUUUGGGAGCAAAAGUCAUCCAUUAUUGUCAUGGUCACCCGUUGUGAGGAAGGAAACAAGAUCAAGUGCGCUCAGUACUGGCCGUCUCUGGACAGAGAAACUGAGAUUUUUGACGAUUUUGUGGUGAAAAUCCGAUCUGAGCAACACUGUCCUGAUUAUAUCAUACGCCAUCUGAUCCUGAACAAUAAGCGAGAGAAGGCCUCAGAAAGAGAAGUCACUCAUAUCCAGUUCAUCAGCUGGCCUGACCAUGGUGUGCCUGGAGACCCCAGCCUGCUUCUGAAGCUCAGGAGAAGAGUCAACUCCUUCAAGAACUUCUUCAGUGGCCCGAUUGUGAUCCACUGCAGUGCAGGGGUCGGCCGCACAGGAACAUAUAUCGGCAUUGAUGCAAUGAUUGAAUCUCUCGAAGCAGAGGGCAGAGUGGAUAUCUAUGGAUACGUAGCAAAACUACGUCGCCAGCGUUGCCUCAUGGUUCAAGUGGAGGCCCAGUACAUACUGAUCCACACUGCUCUGAUUGAGUACACCAUGUUUGGAGAGACAGAGGUCUCACUGUCUGAAUUCCACUCAGUGCUCAACACCCUCAGACAGAAAGAUGGCAGUGACCCCAGUUUGCUUGAAAUGGAGUUCCAGAAACUGCCCAAAUUUAAAAAAUGGAGAACGAUUAACACGGGAAGCAGCGAGGACAACAAGAAGAAAAACCGCUACUCAGAUGUUAUCCCAUGUCAGUGACCAACACCAACUUUAUUAAUCUGCAGAUCUUGGUUUCAAAUGCAUGUUACAAAACUAUAUAUAAUAUACAGACACAAAUUUACUUCUUCAUUAUUAGUUAGCAUUAGAUGAGUUACCAGUGACCAUUUCUGUUCCAGAUGACUUUAAUAGAGUCAUGUUUAGACUGGAUAUUGAGGGCAACCAGACCAGUGACCCUGAGGAUGAGGAGGAUUAUUCUUCAGAUGAGGAAGAAGAAUCUAAUGAAUAUAUCAACGCCUCAUUCAUUUCUGGCUACUGGUGUCAAAAGAGUCUGAUCGCAGCACAGGGACCUUUACCAAACACGACGGGAGAGUUCCUGCUCAUGCUGUACCAGCAACAAACUAAAACACUGGUCAUGCUCACAGACUGCCAAGAAGACGGCAAU